CUUCAAUGCUCAAAAUACAUCUGCAAGGCAUGUGCUGCUGCCUUGAGCCUUGUGUGUCUUGGCUUUGGGGGCCGCCAGGGGAAUGCGGGAUGCCCAACGGGACAGCACCCUUAUUAUGAUGAUAAUUAAGACACCCACCAUCCCUUGCGCCAACCCCGUCCUCCUUUCUCUUUCCCUGGCAACGAAAUCAAACACUCCAAUUUCAGUCAAUCCAAAACCAUUGCCGGUCACAAUGAACCCUAUUCCUACCCCCACCCAUCCAGGCCCCGCCACCACCGGUGUGGUAAUCCUCCCAGGCGGCUCGCCCAAACCGCUCCGGGUCCCGACGACCCCAGUUGGGGCAACCGACUCCAACUCCAUCCUGCGGGCCUCAGCCGCGUCGGAAUUCCCGGACCCGACCGUCGACAUCAUCCUCUCCUCGUACAGCGGCACGCUCGGGGCGGAGACGUCCAACUUGAACGCAACCGAAAUCUUCCCGUCGAGCGACUCCUUCGUCCGCGGCGCGAUCCAGGCCUGGGGCGAGCACCUGCAUCUGGAGAUCCGGCCCGAGGAGGUCUGGUUCACCGUCUUGGCGCAGCUCAACUUUUAUAUGCAUGCCAACGCGGAGGAGGUGCGGCACCUGUUUGUGAAGCACGAGGGUCAGGAGACUAUUUUUGUCGAGGAUGUCAGCUGGACGCUCGUGCUGCAGAGGUUUAAGGAUGAAAUUCAGGCGCGGGUCCAGACCGAGUGGCUGGGCGAUUGGAUCAUGCCGGACUUUUCGACGACGACCAAGGAUGACGAGAUGACGGCGACUAUUUUGAUGAUGGGCCUCAUGAAGGCGUACUUCCGCUUUGAUGGUGGGAUUAUCUGCGGUCUGCCGAGCGUCACUUUGUUGGGUGAGAAGGAGGAUUGGGAGAAGUUGUUGGCCAAACUGGAGAGGUUGGCCGAGUUCGGCGAGGAGCCCACGGCGUAUCAGGCGAGCCUGACGCCGAUUUUCAAGCGGUUUGUCGAGAGCUUUGACGAGCCUGACUCGGAAGAGACCAGGGACUUUUGGUCCAAUAUUGUGUUUGCAAAGUCCUCUAAUGUCUGCGGUUGGGCGCCGCUGGAGCUGUCGGGUUGGAUUUCUGGCUUCUUGUUCUGGGACACUGAAGGCCAACGAUUGAAUGGGAUUGAGGCCCGUAGAGCAGAAAAGGCUGGGCUGACGAUGGAUGGCGUGGACUACGUAUGGCAUGAUAUCCGGACGCUGCCGGUAGGAUAUGGAAAGGCGCCCUUUAUUAUGCAUAAGUUCCGCGGCAUGGAAAAGUUCCCGGCUUAUGUAUCCGCUGGGACGUUGGGCAAGAGGAUGGUUCAGGGACCGCCGGCAGGAUACGAGGCCGCGCUCGAUCGGGCCGGGCAAGACACGGCCCUAGCAGCCAACGCCAGCUCUCACGGCACUCUCCGGCCGCUCUCAGCAUGGAUGUUAUAUGGACCACUCGAAUCCCCCGGCGUCAGAUGCGCAGACAGCUUUGACGCGGAGUUGCAAGUGAUGGUCGGCAGGGUCAUGGCGAACAUGGAUGAGGAACAGGGUCUGGAAGACGACUGGUUGUAGUGCCCGUGGAAAAGAACAUUACCUAGAGGUAAGUUGGUAGCGAGUGGGAUGUGGUGGACUUGACUAGCAAUUUCACGAAGUUCUUUUCUCGUCAAUUCUAGAGGCCUGGGACUCAGACUGGUAGUAAAAACAACAGUCGACGGGCGCAUAUUCACCCAAGGGCCAAAGGCAA